ACUGAGCACCGGGGAAAAGGGAGCGAGCGGGCGGAGUCGCAGUGAUUGAGGCUCGGCUGGGACAUCAUGGCGACCCGGCGGCUGCUGCUCUCCCCUGCCUCCUGCCUGAGGCGGACUCAGGCCCUGGGCGCUCCGGCGGCCCCCGGGCUGCGGAGGGGCUACAGCAGCGCCGACUCCUCCCAGUACCUGCACCGCAGCAUCGUGCCCACCAUGCACUUUCAGAAAAGCCUGCCCAGGUUGCCAAUUCCCAAACUAGAAGAUACUGUUAGGAGGUAUCUGAAUGCCCAAAAGCCUCUCUUAGAUGAUGAUCAAUUCAGGAAAACUGAAGAACUUGGUCGCAGCUUUGAGCAUGGAAUUGGAAGAGAAUUGCAUGAGCAGCUGGUUGCUCAAGACAAGCAGAACAAACAUACUAGUUACAUCUCAGGUCCCUGGUUUGAUAUGUAUCUAAGUUCACGUGAAUCUGUUGUUUUGAAUUUUAACCCAUUUAUGUCUUUCAACCCUGACCCAAAAGCUGAAUAUAAUGAUCAGCUCACACGAGCAACUAACAUGACUGUUUCUGCUAUACGUUUUUUGAAGACCUUCAGGGCUGGCUAUCUAGAGCCAGAGGUUUUUCACCUCAAUCCAGACAAAAGUGACACUCAAACCUUUAGGAGACUCAUUCGAUUUGUGCCUUCAUCUGUAUCAUGGUUUGGUGCCUACUUGGUCAAUGCAUACCCCUUAGAUAUGUCUCAGUACUUCCGGCUUUUCAAUUCCACACGAUUGCCUAAGCUCAGUCGAGAUGAGCUUUUUACGGAUGAAAAAGCAAAGCACUUGCUGGUGCUCAGAAAUGGGAAUUUUUAUGUAUUUGAUGUCAUUGAUAGAGAUGGGAAUAUAGUGAAGCCUUCUGAAAUACAAGCACACCUGAAAUACAUACUUAGUGACAACAGUCCAGCUCCAGCCUUCCCUCUUGCAUUUUUGCCCAGUGAAAACCGAGAUACAUGGGCACUACUGAGACAGAAGCUACUCGAUAAUGGCAAUGAGGAAGUCCUCCAAAAAGUGGAUUCUGCUGUCUUCUGUCUAUGUUUAGAUGACUUCCCCAUUAAAGACCUUGAGCACUUGUCUCACACCAUGUUGCAUGGAGAUGGUAUUAACCGCUGGUAUGAUAAAUCCUUUAACCUUAUCCUAACCAAGGAUGGCAAUGCGGCCAUUCAUUUUGAACAUUCCUGGGGAGAUGGUGUGGCUGUAUUAAGAUUUCAGAAUGAAGUGUUUAAAGACAGCACCCAGAAACCAGCUGUCACCCCACAAUCUCAGCCUGCUGCAGUUGACUCUUCCAGCGCUGUGCAGAAACUCAGCUUUAAGUUGAAUGAUGCCUUAAAAGCAGGAAUUACCAAAGCCAAACAGAAAUUUGAUGCCACUAUGGAAACCUUGACUUUUGACUGUAUUCAGUUUAAGAAAGGAGGCAAGGAGUUUUUAAAGCAGAAGAAGAUAAGUCCUGAUGCUGUGGCUCAGCUUUCUUUCCAGAUGGCUUUCCUUCGGCAGUAUGGCCAGACUGUUGCCACAUAUGAGUCUUGCAGUACUGCAGCUUUCAAACACGGUCGCACAGAGACCAUCCGUCCUGCCUCCAUCUAUACAAAGAAGUGCACGGAAGCUUUUGUCAGGCAACCUUCCAGACACAGCACAGAGGAGCUUCAGCAGAUGAUUGCUGAGUGCUCUAAGUACCACAGCCAGUUGACAAAAGAAGCUGCUAUGGGUCAAGGAUUUGACCGGCAUUUGUUCAGUUUGCGUUAUCUGGCAGCAUCAAAAGGUAUCCCGUUACCUGACAUCUACCAGGACCAAGCCUAUGCUCAGCUGAAUCACAACAUUCUGUCCACAAGCACGCUGAGCAGCCCAGCUGUGAAUAUGGGAGGAUUUGCUCCAGUGGUGCCGGAUGGCUUUGGUGUAGGCUAUGGAAUGCAUGAUGAUUGGAUUGGCUGCAGUGCCUCCUCUUACCCAGCCAGGAAUGUACACGAAUUCCUCCAGUGUGUGCAGAAGUCACUGGAAGAUAUUUUUCAUGUUUUAGAAGGUAAGCAUAUCAGUAGUUAGGCACAACAGGGCUGGGAUACUUUUUUUUUAAUGCACAAUAUAAAAUGUUUGGAUCAAGAUCACUUCUGAUCAUGUGUGGCUGAAUGUGGAAGAAUGUUGCUAGUGCUAAUUUACUAAGCAUUUUGACUGGGAUUUUAAAAGGAGUCUGCAAGAGUUGAGUGACCAACUUACACUGAAUUUCCGUGGGAGCUAGGCACCUUUUGAAAAUCUUAGCCAUAUAAAGAAAUUAAGUGCAAGCUCCUGCAUGUGAUAUUCAGGAAACGCUUAAUUCUGAUAGUCUGAACUGUUAUGUAAUAGAAUAUAAAAGUUCUUAAAAUAUAACAGAGGCAUUUAAAUAUUCAUUUCUAGAAAGGAACUUUAGUAUUGUACUGAUUAAACUUGAGCUUAAAAUCUACAAAUGUUCAUGUUUACAGCGGGAACAACAAACUACGUGUGAACAAUGUAACAACUACAAAAGUUGUAUUUAAAACUAAAUACAAGAAUGACCAGUGGUAAAUCCUGCACAUGUGAUAUGUUCACUUACUAGAUCUGUAAUCUUUAUUUUUCUUGUUAAAUUUGAAUCAGUGUCAAACUAACUGCCUUUUCUGUUGGAAGCAUUUCCAUGUAAUGAUUGGUUUAAAUGAAAACUUGAAAAUGUGAGACUGACAACUGUAAUCAGGUAUUAAAUCUUCAAACUGUUAAGAAAUUGGUUGGAAAAUAAUGUUUAAAUAAAGCUACCUAUGACAUGGUUGAA